GCACACCACACAUGUGUGAUGUGUGCAUUCACCCAUCCAUCCAGCGUCAGCCAGUCAUACUUCCUCUCUUCUCCAAUUCAAGCAUUCUCUUCUCCAUGCCUCCCCUCUACAUUUGGCUUCUUCUGAUCCUCUCUUCCCAGCACACUACUAAUGCUGUAAAGUUGAGGGAGACUAGAAUCUAUUACCAGGCCAGUGCAAGUGAAGCGGCUAGGGGAGCGCUGUCCUGUCGCAAUCAACAGUAUUCUGAAUUCAUAUGACCAGAAGCGUCGUUGCCGUAAGCCACCUAGACAUGCAUGCAUUUACCUCUUUCUUUACAUACAUACCCUCUUCUUCCUUCUCCGAAUCGUAGAGCAGGACACCCCACAUCAGUGCACCGCACCCAUCCACCAUCAGUACGUAUUCCUCUCUUCUCCAAUUCAGGCAUUCUCUUCUCCGGCCAUGCCUCCUCCCCUCCGCAUAUUACUACUCGGACUCGGUGGGCUUCUCCUCUCUUCCCUGCACACUCCUUCAAGUUGCGCCGCUGCAAACGAUGACACUCUCAUGGCAGGCCAAGCCCUCGCCGUCGGUGACAAGAUCAUCUCAACGAACCGCAAGUUCGCACUCGGCUUCUUCCAGCCAGAGCCAACAGGCAUCAUCAGUAAGUCCAGCGCCAACGCCACCACCUUCUCCUCCCCCGGCUGGUACCUUGGCAUAUGGUUCAAUAAGAUCCCAGUUUUUACUACUGUCUGGGUUGCCAAUAGGGAGAAGCCCAUCGCUGACCCCGAGCUCAAGCUAACACAGCUCAAAAUCUCAAGAGAUGGCAACCUUGUCAUCAUCUUAAACAAUACCAGUAUUGAAUCCAUAAUCUGGUCCACUCACAUUAUUGUCAACAGGACGACACAAACCAGCACAAACACGACAAGUGCUGUGCUCAUGAACAAUGGAAACCUAGCUCUUCUAGCAGAAAGCCCAUCUAGUAAUGUUCUGUUGUGGCAGAGCUUUGACUACCCUGCAGAUGUUGCGCUUCCGGGCGCCAAGUUAGGCUGGAAUAAGAUCACUGGUUUGAAUCAUCAGUACAUCUCGAAGAAGAGCCUGAUUGAUCCAGGUCUUGGCUCAUACAGUGUUGAACUAGACACCGACGGGGUGCUGCGCCUCAGGCGCCGCUACCCCCCCUCUGUAGUGUAUUGGACUUGGUCAGCCGGAAAAUUACUUGUACGAGUACUCAAGUCUCUGCUAGACAUGGAUCCACGGACCAAAGGUUUGUUUAACCCCUCAUAUGUUGAUAGCAAUGAAGAGGAGUACUUCACGUACACCUUAUUGGAUGAAUCAUCUUCCACAUUCCUCUCCAUAGACAUUUCGGGUCAGAUUAAGCUGAAUGUAUGGUCACAAGCCAGACAAUCUUGGGAAACCAUAUAUGCCGAACCUGAUGUUCCCUGCCUUGUGUAUGCUACCUGUGGACCCUUCACGGUUUGCAACGACAAUUCAAGUCCAUUCUGUGACUGUAUGGAGAGCUUCUCUCGGAAGUCACCUUGGGAUUGGGAGCUUGGUGAUCGAACUGGAGGGUGUGUCAGAAAUACUCCGUUAGAUUGCACAGCUAGUAAGAAAAACACAAGUUCAACAGACAUGUUCCACCCCAUAGCUCGUGUCACAUUGCCCCCUGACCCCCAAACCAUAGAAGGUGCUACCACUCAGAACAAAUGCGCUGCAGCGUGUCUCAAUGACUGCUCCUGCACUGCUUAUUCCUAUAAUAACAACAACAUAUGCUCAGUCUGGCAUGGGGAAUUGCUUGAUGUAAACUUGAAUGAUGGCACUGAUAUUACUUCUGAAGAUGUUCUUUACCUUCGCCUUGCUGCCAAAGAUUUGCAAAGUCUGAGAGAAGACAACAAAAGAAAACCAAAUGUUGGAGUUAUUGUUGCUGCUACAAGCAUUAUUAGUUUUGGGUUACUAAUGCUCAUGUUGUUAAUGGUUUGGAGGAACAAAUUCAAGUGGUGCGGUGUGCCAUUACACGGCAGUCAUGGUAGUGGUGGUGGAAUUAUAGCAUUUAGAUACACUGAUUUAGGCCAUGCUACCAAAAAUUUCUCGGAAAUACUAGGAGCAGGUGGUUUUGGUUCUGUAUUCAAGGGAGUGUUAAGUGACUCAACUGCUAUAGCAGUGAAAAGUCUUGAUGGUGCACGUCAGGGAGAGAAGCAAUUUAGGGCUGAGGUGAGCUCAAUUGGAUUGAUCCAACAUAUCAACCUAGUCAAAUUGAUUGGUUUCUGUUGUGAAGGUGAUAAGAGGCUACUUGUGUACGAACACAUGUUAAAUGGGUCUCUGGAUGCACACCUAUUUCAGAGCAGUUCUACUGUCCUAACUUGGAUCACCAGGUAUCGAAUAGCCAUAGGAGUUGCUAAAGGAUUAUCCUACUUGCAUCAGAGUUGCCGCGAAUGCAUCAUACACUGUGAUAUUAAGCCAGAAAACAUACUUCUCGAUGCAUCAUUUGUUCCUAAAAUUGCAGAUUUUGGAAUGGCAGAGGUUGUAGGAAGGGACUUUAGCCGAGUUCUAACAUCAUUCAGAGGAACUAUAGGGUAUCUUGCCCCAGAGUGGCUUAGCGGAGUUGCUAUUACACCAAAAGUUGAUGUUUAUAGCUUCGGUAUGGUACUGUUAGAAAUCAUAUCAGGAAGGAGGAAUUCACAUGAAAUGUACACUAGCAGCAGUUAUCAUGUUGCUUAUUUCCCUGUGCGAGCCAUCAACAAGCUUCAUGAGAGAGAUGUGCUGAGUUUGGUUGAUCCACAAUUGCAUGGUGACUUCAUUAUGGAAGAGGCUGAAAGGGUUUGCAAAGUUGCAUGUUGGUGCAUCCAAGAUAAUGAGUGUGAUCGGCCAACAAUGGGUGAAGUGGUCCAGGUUCUUGAGGGUCUACAAGAGCUUGAUAUGCCCCCGAUGCCAAGACUACUUGCAGCUAUAACGGAAUGCUCUGAUGUGGCUUGAGUGUAAUAAUUCAAAAAUACUCUAUAGUCGAUGUUACUAGUCUUUUUUCAGCAAAAUUUAAAGUUGUAAUGUCGAGUGGAAGUAAUAAAAGAAGGCAAGCUUCUAAUUGCUAAGUUGUAUCC